AUGGCUGCCACCGCCGUCCACAACCCUGUAUCGGUUCCCUCCUUCGCGCCUGGUCAAGGCGACGCUGCAUCGCCUCGUCUGGGCCAAAGCGUUAAGAGCCGCGCCGUGCCGAAGCAUGAUGUUGAGACGGUCCUGAACUACUUCAAAGAUAACGAGGAUGGCUCUCCUCCCCAUCCCACCUACAUUGACAGACCGGAGACGUAUGAUCGUCCGGUGGAGCGACACACCGUGGCCAUCACCGACAUUGCCGGCGACGAGAGCAAGUAUACCCUCGACAAGAACGGGUUUCAGAUAUACAAUCGCGAAGCCAAUGAGAAGGCUUUCCUGGACGACGAUGCGAUAAAGUCGGGGUACUACGCGGAAACAGAACAGCUGCUGAAGGAUGUCACAGGUGCUUCGCGGGUCUUCAUCUUCGACCAUACGAUCCGCCGCAAGCUCCCGGAGGCUGGACCGGGAACAAGGACAGCGCGCGGGCCCGUUCAGCGAGUGCACAUUGAUCAAUCCUACAGCGCAGCCCUGUCCCGUGUCCCUCAUCACCUCCCGGAAGAUGCCGAGGAACUCGUGAAGGGCCGCGUCCAGAUCAUCAACGUUUGGAGGCCAAUCAAGACGGUCGAGCGCGAUCCGCUCGCCGUAGCCGAGGCGAACUCAGUGGCCGAAUCAGACCUCGUCGUGACGGAGCUGAUCUACCCGAACCGCCGCGGAGAGACCUACGCCGUGCGGUACAACGACGGCCACAAAUGGUUCUACAGGUCGGGGUUGUCGCCCGACGAAGUGAUUCUUAUCAAGUGCUUCGACAGCAAGACGGACGGUCGAGCACGCCGGGUGCCUCACACCGCGUUCGAGGACGCGACUGCAAGCCCCGAUGCGCCUGCUCGAGAGAGCAUCGAAGUGCGUGCCUUGGUCUUCCACCCGGAUGACAGAAACUAG